GCUCCAAGAGGGUGGCGAUCGACAACGUGAGGCGGCACUCACACGAGCAUAUUUCAGUGUACCGUCGGCGUGUUAGUUUUUUUUUUCUUUUAUUAUUCUUUUCUUCUUGUUUCCCAACCCCCAAAACUGUCUCAAAACUGUAUCCAUAGAUCAGUGUCCUCACCAUGAACAAGCUUUACAUCGGCAAUCUACCGGCGGACGUGAACGAAGGAUCUAUCCGAGAACUGUUUCACGAGCAAACCGGCGCCGUCCCCAAAUCUGUGCUCCUGAAGAAGGGGGGCUAUGCUUUCGUCGAGUGUGCCGACGACUUGGUGAUUAGCAAGGCCAUCGAAGCCCUGAACGGACACUCUUUCAUGGGAUCCCAACUGCUGGUGGAACCACAACAGUCGGCACCGCAGAACAGAAGAAGUCGUGGCAACCGAGUGCAUGUGAGCAACAUUCCCAGCCAUGUGCAGCGUGAAGACGUCCACGAUCUUCUUGCUACUUUUGGAACUGUGCAGAACCUAGAACUAUUUCCUCCUUCCAAGCCCGAGAGCCAAACCUUUCGAGCACAAGUAACUUACGAAACUCCCGAACAGGCGCAGCAGGCUGUGGCUCAGCUGAGGGACUACGAGUACGAAGGAAGCAUGCUGAGAGCUGAGUACGCCAUGGACAUGAGCAUGCGCAACGGCGGCGGCGGUGGUGGCGGUGGCCGCAACAACAUGCGCAUGGGCAGCAACCGACCCAUGUUUCGGCCUUUCCAGUACUCGGGUGGCCAGGCGUCCCCCAUGAGGCCGUCCGACUUCCCCCUCAGGAUCCUUGUCUUGAGUGACAUGGUUGGUGCCAUUAUCGGCCGGGCCGGGGGCACUAUCCGACAGAUCACCCAGCAGUCGAGGGCACGGGUCGAUGUUCACAGAAAAGAGAAUGCUGGUUCCCUUGAAAAGGUGAUCACCAUCUAUGGCAACCCUGAGAACUGCUCCACGGCUUGCCAGAAGAUCUUGGAGGUGAUGCAGCAGGAGGCUAGCAACACCAACAGGGGGGAUGUUCCCUUGAAGAUUAUGGCCCACAACAACCUGAUUGGGCGCAUCAUCGGCAAGAGCGGCAACACCAUCAAGCGCAUCAUGGAGCAGACAGAUACAAAGAUCACCGUGUCCAGCCUGCACGAUGGCAGUGCCCUUCACCUGGAGCGGGUAAUCACCAUCAAGGGCAAACCAGAAGGCGUGUGCCGCGCAGAGCAACUGGUGAGCGCCAAGCUGCGCCAGUCGUACGAGAGUGACCUGGCGGCGUUGGCACCCCAGAGCCUCAUGUUCCCCGGGCUGCAUCCAAUGGCCAUGAUGUCGGCUUACGCGCCACCGCCGCCUGUGCAUGGUCCUCCUGCACGGCCGCCUCACUACCGGGGUGGAGGCGGAGGCGGCCCCUACCCGCACCCGCCUACCAUGGGAGGGGGAGGCUACAUGGGGGGUGCCACGCACGGUCCUAUGGGGGGCUACAUGUCACCUGGCCACGGGGUGGACAGGGAGCUGGUCUGCCUGUACAUCCCCAACACGGCUGUGGGUGCCAUCAUCGGCACGGGUGGAAGCAGCAUCCGCGACAUGAUCAUGCUCUCGGGGGCCUCCAUCAAGGUUGCUCAACCAAACAAGGAUGACCCUGCUGAUGCUCAUGAGAGAAAGGUCACGAUUGUGGGAACUCCCGAGUGCCAGUGGAGGGCACAAAGCAUGAUCUUCAACAAAGUUUGCUACGAGGGCUGCAUGGGCAAUCCAGACGGCACCCUGAGGGUAGAGAUUUAUGUGCCUUCCAACCAAGUUGGGCGCAUCAUUGGCAAGGGUGGCCAGACGGUUCGAGAGCUGCAGCGGCUGACACGUGCGCUCAUAAAGCUGCCAGAGGAGAGCCAGAAUGCCAACACUGAGGAGACCCCAGUGCACCUCCUUGGUGACUUCUUCAGCACUCAUGCUGCCCAGCGCCAGAUCAGGGCCUUGGUGAACCGGAACCAGAUGGUGGGUGGCCAGGGACCCUACCCCAUGCACCCCCGGAUGGGACCACGCAGGGGUGGUGGCGGAGGUGGCAGCAACAACAGCAAUAGGCAGCAGCAGCAGCAGCAGCAGCCAUCGCCUCCAUCUUCCUCUUCCUCUUCGCAGCCACCACAGCCGCAGGCUGGCUCGCCCCCGAGCAACUGAGAGGGGAUUGUGUCUGAGCGUAUUAGGUGGCCGUCCCUCUCCUCCCAGUGUCUUUUUUUUUUUUUCUUGUGGCCACACUCCUUUGCACCACUGGACCAGGAGUGACGGGGUAGGUAAAGGACUGCUUCUUUGUAUUCAGGAGGUUUCUUCCUGCACCAUUUGUUCAGCACUGUUCCAAAGGGUUUCCAAGGAUUACAUGCGGUGAUUGUGUGAAGUGGUGCUUUAUUAGGGGCAGGUGUGGAGUGUUGAAGGAGAUUUCGAGUGUGGUGUUCGUGUGCGAUUGCACUUCCUUCAUUUGGGGCUUGUACAUCGGCAUGAACAACAUUCUUCGAAAGUAAGCCUUUGCAGUCUUCUUUUAUUUUCUUUUUCUAUGAAAGAGACCCAUUGCUGGCACUAAAUAAUAGCGGCACAUCCUAGUUUGUGCAUGAAGGCCCGAACAUUAUGAAGUUAGUGUAAUGAAAGUCUCGUGCAUUUGACUUUGGCAUGGUUUGGGCAGCGAGUCAAACUCGCGAAACUCGCUUUUCCGGGUGUCUGGAUUCAGCUGGCCGCGAUUGUCUUCUAGAUUUGAGGCUCAAGCACCACCAAAGACAAUUUCAGCAUUGUAAAUAUGCGUGCGCUUGCCUGUGCCUCAUUUACAAGGAAUGGCGGUUAGUGAACUAAAGUUAGCACAUUUUGUUAGAUGCAGUCUUUUUUUUCUCCCCCCCCCCUUGUAGUGGUGUAUUAAGAGUGUUGGCCACAAGAAAAAAAGAGGAGGGGAUUAGGGAGCAGGGCAGUUGAUGAUGUUGUUGACCUUGUUCUUCAUCAACAUGUCACAUUUUUUUUUGUUCUCUCUCUUUAGGAAACAAAUGUUGGAGAGAGUGGGUUUGAUCGACACAAAGUGCAAAUGUGAAAGAGAGAGAGUGCUCCUCCACAGGGGAGAGUAAUGAGGGAGGGAGUGCGUGGAGGAGAGUGCAUUGUAUAUAUAUACACAUGUAUACUACGUUUGGGUGUGGGGAGGAAGGGAACCCUCCUUUGUUUGUUCUGCAUCAAAUGGAUACUGGCGUGUAUUAAGUGGGCGUCAGCCAAUGGCGAGAGGCCACAGGAAGCAUGGCUUUGUCCCACCAAGCUUUUAGGUACCAAGCUGCGGCGACAUCUUGCUGCAGCUGUCCGUCAGGCAGCGGUCGGCUGCUGUUUUAGACCAAGAAGAGCGCUUUGUGCAACAGUUCAUGCUGAAGCUUGCAUGUACUGCAGGCCCCCCCUCCGAUUGCAUCUCUCUAGAGCACACGAGUGGUGUGCUGCGGAGUGCUGUGUGGUGCAAGACGUGCUGUUAUGCUGUGCACGCUGGAUUCCAGACAGCUUUCUGGAAAACCAGGAGCCAACCACACUGUUCAACUAUGCAAAGUCUGGGACGAAAGCUUUAAAGGGGGGGGAUGAGGGAUGAGGUACUUAAAAAAAAAUUUGGAAAUUUUUUUUCAAAACAGCUUAAAUGAAAUUCAGACAGUUAGUGUAUCUUUUUCAGCUGAUUUCUAAAGUGCAAUUUAUGUUCUCUACGAUAAAUAUUUUCUAUAACAUCCAAAACAAUGUUCUUUGUUUGGAGCCUAAUUAGCUAAUCAGCAGCAACUUACACAGUAACCUACAGCACACGGAACUGAUUCUGAAUGGUCAUAGGGUGUCGUAACCUAUAAAUUGUUGUUUUAGGUCAUUUCGAAGUGAAGUUAUAGGUUGUCAAACUUAGUCACGAAAAAUACCGACCUAGAUAAUAGAAAGGUAUCAAUAUGGGCAUUUUUUAUGGCUACGUUUGACAACCUAUAACUUUGCUUCGAAAUGGCCUAAAACAAUUUAUCGGUUACAACACACUAUGAGCAUUCAGAAUCGAUUCCGUCUGCUCUAUGUUAGCAUGCAAGUUGCUUUUGAUGAGCUAAUUAAGCUUCUAACAAAGAACAUUCUGUUUUGGAUAUCAUAAAGAAUAUCUAUCGUAGAAAAAAAAAUUGCAUUUUUGAAAUCUGCUGCUAAAAAUACAUUAACUGUGGAAAUUUCAUUCAGAUUGUUCAAAAAAAUUGUUUUUCGAAGUGCCUUGUCCCUUCUUAAAGAUAGUGUUACUCAUGAAUGUAUUCAUGGCAACUUGCACAACACCGCUCGCAUUCUCUAGACGAGUGUGAUUGAAAGUGUGCAUCAGUGUGUUUUGCCGACACUUGUUACAAUGGUGGUGGCCUUCUGGUUUUCGGAGGCUAUGAGCUGCGUGCCGACACUGACAAGACUUGCUUAGAGGGUGACCUUCCUCCCCCUCUCAUCUUGGGCGCAGGCGCAAAUGCAACCUCGUGUUUUUAUGGUUGCCAGGGCUGUGAAAAAAAAAAAGUGCGUUUCUUUUACACAUGUGCAGCUUUCAGUAGCAUAUGUGACAUGUGUAUGUAAAAAAAAAAAAAAAAAAAACGCGCCAGUCGUGUAAAACUUUUGGUCACGGCGAGCGGCGCUCGUGAUGAAAGCAGCUGUAUUGCCGUUGGAGCUGGCCGACUUUAGUAGUCGGCGUUGCGAGUCUGCCGCUCAUGCUUGAGCAGAGAGGAGGCGUUUUUGAUGGAGGCGAGAAACACUUUCGUGUUUUGUGUUUCUGUCCCUCCCGUUUUUUUAUUGUAUAAACGUUACGCGAUGAACGAGAGCUUUUAUUUUUGAUACUUGUUGGAGAAACUUUUUUUUUUGUGUGUGUGUGUAUGCGCGUGUGCAGGUGUGUGUCCUAUGACAAGGUGGCGCCUUUUGCCACGACACACGUUUUUUUUUUUGGAUGCUUGAUGACCUGAUGUGAUGCGAGACAUUGCGUGUGGUAUGGAACAGAAAAAAAAAACAAAACAUAGAAGGCUAAAAGUCUGUCAGAGAGAUAAACAAGCAAACAAGCAAAAAGAAAUUUUUUUACCAAGUCGGUCGGAUAGUUGAAACCUGAUAAUUUUGCAUGCACGCCUUGCAUUGCCAAGCAGCCUUUUCUUACACAUCUGCUGUUCUUCCAUGGACGGGUUAUGCUCAGAAAUGUUCUGCGAGAUGUUGAGGCCUUUAUUGGCAUGUUUGCGUGUGCAACUUGUGAAAGACACAAAAAGAAAAAAACGUGCAAGACAUGUUAUCGGUUGGUUUUUGUGCCAAGUUUCUCCAAUAAGUUCAGUUGUUUCCCAAUCCCUUUCCCUUUGCAAGCAGUUAUUACCGUUGAAGCUGGCAUCACAACUGCAUUGCUGUUACACACUUGUAAAAUUUGUGAGGGGAGCCAAGAGCACUGGAAGAAAAAGAAAAGCUCUCGUUCCCUCUGCUUCGGAUGUUGGACAAGAAAGAAAAAAUCUCAUGUUGACCGCCUCGCAUGGGUUAACAGUGCUUCAAUGUUCAUUUUUUUUUUUUUUUUGUGUAGCUGCAGUGAAGACGAGACACGCAGACCACUAAUCUUAGUCAUAACACAUCAACUGAAUUCAUAGGCUAAACACAACAGCAAAGAACACGUAAGUGGGAUGCUGCUUGCUUUCAGCAGCAGGCUCUAGAAAACCAUAAAUAUGAAAAAAAACUUCAUCACAUAUACUUUGACGAUAGCAGCUCAAGGCCUUCUGCUGGCUUUUUUUGCGAGGGUGGGGGCUUCUAAAACAGAUUUGCGUUCAAAACGCCAUUCCCACAGUGGAGCUGAAAGCCGUUUUUUUUUCUUUUGCGCCGACAUGCACCAGUUUCAUUCCUAUGACGCCCCUCCCUCAGGAUUACAGGCUACGGAAACUUUCUCUCAGGACUGUGCUCCCACUCUCUCUCUCUUUGCGAGGAUGUCUCCAGGUGAUGCCCGUGUUAAACAUUUGUUCGUUUGAAUCCACUGGUCAGGGAGCGCAGCUUCGCGUGAUCCUCUCCUCGAAGGAGUCCUCGUUUGACUGCACUCUUCUUUGACGACGGCUACCUCACUUGUACCAUGCAGGAAGGGGAGUUUCUCCCCAAUCCAGGAACCCAGAGUUUUAUUACCGUGACUGCGACUACAAAGGAAGGCUGACAGUGACACGCAUAACAGACCACUACAGCCUGGAACAAGCUGCUGCCAUGUGGUAGCAAUUUAACCCUGACCUAUUUGUCAGUUCCUCCCAUCAAGUUUCUCCGAACUGCGUUCAAGUCUGCUUGAAAACGUAUGCCGGCAGGGCAGUGAGUCAACCUGACAAAAAGCAACCACGUUGCUAGUUUUACUAUCCCAUUUGCUUUGCACUGCGUUUUUUAUCCUUGCAGCGGAUUGAGGAAGGCCUUUCAUUGUCUUGCAGAGAAAUCAAUGUGGGUAUAUAGAUGUAUGAAGGGUGGCAACUCUGCUGUGAAGCAUUCUUCCAACUUUCUCAUAACUUCAAGCUUAUGGCUUGAACAUGUCUGCUUCAUGGUCACCUUCUCUUUCCACAUCCUGCAAGUGCAAGCAAGCUUUUUCAACUCCGGGCUCCCGCUUUGCUCAGAGGGGUCUUGCACGAUAGUUCAACUCUCGAGGAAACUGAUGAGCGAACCGGUUCGGCAAAGAUGACGGAAAGAUUUGCAACCUGCAGUGGCUACCGAGAAGAAAAAAAAAAAUGCGGACCUUGACAAAUGAGACCUCGAAACUCAUGAAUGACAGAUUUGAGGACAGACCCGAUUUGUGAACAUGACACUUCUUGUUUGACUGUCCCUUUUCUACUUUCCUCCAUGCGGCCUUGGUGUUCGCUGGUUUAGGAAGGCUUCGUUAAUGCGUUACUUUGUGCAGACGGCAUACUCGCUGCACUUUUUUUUUCCUGCUGUGUAGAUGUUUGCUUCCAUGUGUUACCACUAGAUCGCAGUGCUGUGUAAAACAUGGAUCUCUGAGAUAGGCUUUCUCUUCUCAUCUUGUGUAUGAGCAAAUGAAAAGGAGUUGCCUGCAGUGUUUUAUGGCUUUCCUCGUGGUGGUGUCCGUGCACCAGAAACACCUUUUGAAUUUUGACCCCUGGAAUUUGCUAACUGGCUGCUGCUGCUGCCUUACGCGGCUUGAUGCUCUGGCACAGCACAUCCUUUGCUUAUCAUGAUCUAGAUUACUCCUUCUUGCACUUUGGCAUUUUCUUGGUUUUUUAGGGUAGAGUUUGAUCCUGUAGUUGUUAAACACCUUUUGCUUAAGUUUUUGUUCUCCCCCAGUGCUACUUGGGCUUUGGCUGAGAUGCAGUGCAUUGCGCAGACUACACUGCUCUUUACCGACGUUCCUGGGCUUUAUUAAAUUUCUUUUUUCGUUUCUGCCUCGGUGGCGUUUGUUUUUCUACUGGCAGUUUUUUUUCCUUUUGGCUCGCAUCUACAGUCCGUUCAUUUACCCUGCUAUUGUGUUAGACUGGCCGGAACAGCUAUCAGCCGAUUAGUGUCCGACCCCUAGGCUGUAUUUUGAGCAAGCUUUUUUUUUUUUGCCUUUCUUCGUUACCUGGCAGCUGCCAGCAGAAGACUGUUGUUUAAUUGCUUUGAACUCUCUCGGUUACCAUAAAAGGAGACCAGGAGUUCUUUUCUGUGUGUUGCAGUACAUAACCAGUCUGUUUGUCAGUGGGAUUUUUUGGUAUGCAGGGCAUUGUAGCAGUAACAUUGCACGUAAAAGUAGGCUUCAUAUCUAGUGUUUGCAGGCAUUUCUUCCUUAAAUCUUGCACUGCAAUAGUGUUCUCAUCAGCUUUGCUAACUUUGUCAAAUUGUGGAGAGUUUCAGAAUAUAAUUACUGGUGUGUAUCAUUUCCCAGCAGUAGCAGCAGACUGCUUCCCCUCAGUGCUUGGUUUGCUAGGCCAAACCCAGAGAGUUAGUAGCAUCCAUAGUUUUUGCUGUAACGCUGUUCGUUUUUGUGUCCGUUGUGGGCUCCUUGGAGCAUUUCACUGUGGUUUAAUUUGUGUAGCAAGAAACCCUUGUAAUUGCUCUGCGCCUUUAUUCUUCCCGUAUUUUUUGCCGCUAUAUUGUAACUGUUUUUGAGACUUACUACCAAAUUGUGUAUUGUAUUAGAGUGCAGUGUAAUUUCUUGAUUUUCCUCGCACCAGAUGAUGCCCUUGCUUGCUUUCACAGCUGUUGCGCGUGCCAAGGUGUGUCCACGGUGUCACCCUUUUGCUUUGGUGUUGGAGACCAUUGGGCUCAUGCAGCUCCCAGAGUAAAUUAACGUGCCCAGUGCCGGCACAGCAGGCUUGCACGCAUGUGCUAGUUUUUCCGGGUUUCUCUAUGUGGUUGGACUCCUUGGUCACCUGCUGCUCGCAGUCCUUGUUCAGCGUAUUGUACUGGUAACACGUUAACCGAUGUAACUGGAACCACCGUGUGACUGAGCCUUCUACCGCCGCCAUAGCAGGAGCACAUCUUAUGCAAGGCGGCCACCGCUACAAACGAACUGAAAUACAGUGCUGCCAUUGUCAAGAUUGACAUGUGGGGCUGCACCUGUGGCCGGCUGCUUGGCAUUUGAUAAAAACUGCCGACUGUCCCCUUUCAUGUCAACCUCUGUCUUAUUUAGCCCUUAAAAUUAUUUUUGGUUUGUUUCCUCAGUGUGCGCUUAAAGCAUGGCAGUAGAAAAGUUUGUAUCUGUUGGCAUAAUUACAGGAUUGGCUUAUGUUUCUGUGCAACCAUUUAUUUCCCCUCUCUCGAAGUGAAUUUGUAUGAGAGUCUGGAUGCAAUACAGGUCUUUUUUUACAUA